CUCUCACAGUUUCUCUAUCUUCGAUUCUUUUCUCCUCUUAGUCUAUGUCACAUAAUCUCUCAAACCCUCUCCAUUAAACACUAAAUUAACAAUGCUGGACAAAUGAUGAUGAAGAACGAUCCAUUUUUUUGUCAAAAUUUGACAAAAAUAACGAUCCCAUCUCCUUACUCUAAAUCGUUUAUUUCUUAUUAAAGUUUGGGACUCAAAACAAUAUUCAAGGUUCAUUUUGAUUCCAGAUUUCUCUAAUUUUCACUCAAAAGAUGUCGAAUACCGUUGAAACUGCAGCAACGGGCAGUAAUGCAGCAGUUGAUGUGUCAAAUUCACAGCCUUCUGUAACCAGCCAAGAAGCUUCAAACAGGAAAAGAAAAGCAAUGGACACAAGAUCUGUUGUUUGGGAUCAUUUCGAAAAAAUUAAAGAUGAAAGCGGCACGGUCAUAUCAACUAAGUGUAAUUACUGUGUUAAGGAAUUUGCUUGUCAUUCUAAAAGAAAUGGCACCUCAUCUUUAAAGAAUCAUAUACUUAGUUGCAUGAAAAAUCCUCAUAGGCAACAAACUAGGCAAGCAUUGUUGAAUUUACAGCCAAUGGUUAAUAAUGGAGAUGGUGUUAAUGAUAAGUUAGGAACACUAAGUGCAUGGAAAUUUGAUCAAGAUGCUAUUAGAGAUGCACUUGCAUAUAUGGUUAUAUUAGAUGAAUUGCCUUUUAAGUUUGUGGAAGGGGAGGGUUUUAGAAAGUUUAUGUCUUGUGCAUGUCCUAAAUUCAAAAUUCCAUCCAGAUGGACGGUGACACGGGACUGUUUUCAAUUAUAUCUAGCUGAGAGACUUCAAUUGAAAAAUUUCAUGAAAAAUAAUUGUCAAAGAAUUAGCCUUACCACUGACACUUGGACUUCAAUUCAAAGAAUCAAUUAUAUGUGCAUUACUGCUCACUUCAUUGAUAACAAUUGGAUAUUGCAUAAGAAAAUUCUAAGCUUUGUUCCAAUUUUUUCACACAAAGGUGAUGCAAUAGGAAAGGCAAUUGAGACGUGUUUGUUAGAGUGGGGAAUAACAAACAUUUUUUCAAUAACCGUUGAUAAUGCAAGCUCCAAUGACGUAGCUAUUUCUUAUUUGAAAAAAAGAAUAAUAAAUUGGGGUAAGCACUUGGCUGAUUGCAAGUACCUCCAUAUGAGGUGCAUUGCACACAUCAUCAAUCUUGUGGUUACAGAGGGUUUAAAAGAUGUCAAUCCUUCGGUGAAAAAAGUGAGAGAUGCCGUGAGAUACAUUAGGAGUUCCCCGGCUAGAAUUAAAAAAUUUAAAGAAUGUGCUGAGUUUGAGGGAGUAGAGUGUCAAAAUUCAUUAUGCUUAGAUGUGGUAACUAGGUGGAAUUCUACCUAUUUGAUGCUAAAAACAGCCAUACAAUUUCAAAAGGCAUUUGAUAAUUAUGAUGAACAAGAGUCAAAUUUUAAGAGAGACUUGGGGGAUGAUGGGGUUCCGGGUUCACUAGAUUGGAGGUGUGCUUCAACAAUGACAUCAUUAUUGGAGCAUUUCUAUAAUGUGACAUUGCGUAUUUCGGGCUCAUUAUAUGUUACUUCAAAUACCUUUUUUAGUGAAAUUAGUGAUUUGUCUUGUAUUUUGAAUGAAUGGAAGGAGUGUGCUGAAUCUGAAAUUAGACAAUUGGGGAACUCAAUGAAAAUGAAAUUUGAUAAAUAUUGGGGGGAUCCGGAAAAAAUGAACAAGCUUAUCUUCUUUGCCGCUGUUUUAGACCCUAGGGAGAAAUUUGAAUAUAUGGAGUAUUCAUUUUGUUUGAUGUAUGGUAGACUCAAUGGUGCAACUUUAUUUUUCAAUGUCAAAAAUGAACUCUACAGGCUCUUCAAUGAAUAUAAGAAUAUGUAUUCUAAUAUGACACAUGAGGGCAGCCUUUUAACUUCUUCUGGAAUUGUAGAGUCAAAUAGAAAACCCAUAUCGAUUUUGAAAGCAAAAUAUAAGAAAGAGAGGUUAGAGAGUGGCUCUUUUACAAAUAAGAAAAAUGAACUUGAUAUUUAUCUCGAUGAGGUUAUUUUAGAAGAUGUGGAAGAGUUGGAUAUAUUGAAGUGGUGGAAGUUGAAUUCCGAAAGGUUUCCUAUUUUGGCAAGAAUGGCACAAGAUAUCUUGGCUGUACCAAUAUCCACGGUUGCUUCGGAAUCUACUUUUAGUACGGGUGGAAGAAUACUUGACGCGUUUAGGAGUUCUUUAACUCCUAAAAUUGUGGAAGCGUUAAUUUGUGGGCAAAAUUGGCUUCGAAAAUCAAAAGAUCCAUUUAGUGUUGAAGAACUCCUCCAUGAAAUUGAAAAUAUUGAAAAAGAUUUGCCGAAGGUGGGGACUACUACUAGGCCAGCAUGUUCUUCAACUAACAAUUAGGCGUUUCUAUGUUUUGUAGUCGGAAAGAAGUUUUAAUUGCUUCUCUAUGUGGAGAGCUGCUGUUUUGUGGAAUUUGCGACAAUUAUUUUCAAGUCUUAGCCGUUUGAAGACCUUUUGCGGAUGUUAUUUGAUUUUAACUUCAGGACUUUAUGCUUUUGAAUUUAAUUUGUAAUUUAAAACAGGUUACAUUAUUUUAUGUUUGUAGUUAAAACUUGUUGAAGGUUGGUUUUAUGUUUGUGUUGUUAUUUAAACAGGUUGAGUACA